AUGGAGACUGCGGGUCGGUGGCUGAGCGAGGAGCACAGCAGCCUCUCGGGCGCGUCGCUGGGCAAGAUCAUCUCCACGGGGCUGCUGCUCGGCGUCGUGCACGUGCUCACAGGUCCCGAUCACUUGAGUGCGCUAGCUGCAAUGACGACGGGCUCUUCGUGGCGGGCGUUUGCGCUGGGCAUUCGCUGGGGCUGCGGCCACUCGAUCGGCCUCGUGGUCAUGGCGCUCAUCUUCUUCGCCGCGGGCCAGACGGUGGACUUGGACGCCGUGGGCGGCUACCUCAACUACGUCGUGGGCUUCUUCAUGAUCGCGCUGGGCAUUUGGACGGCGGUUCACGUGCGGAAGAAGUACCAGACGCAGCUGAAGGAGGGCGUGCAGUCGCUCGUGAGCGCGGAAGGCGGGCGAGCUGAGAGCAACCGCGCGAGUCGGAGCUCCACCGGCGCCACGCCGACUAACUUGGUGGAGCUCAUGCCGCUCUCGCAGCGAAUAGUGUCGAUCGCGUCGCCGUCUUCGUCUUUUCACUUGCUGAUCAAAGAGGACGGGGCUUCGAGUGCUGCGGACGCCACGGGAACGGCGGUAUCCCCGCGAGAGAAGGCUUCAAAGCUGCACCCGCACAGCUGGAAUUGCUGUCGGAGUGUGAGCUUCGAGAAUCCAGCGACACAAAAGAUAAUGGCUCUCCUCGUGGGGAUUAUUCACGGCUUCGCCGGACCUGGUGGAAUUCUGGGCGUGCUGCCUGCGGUGGUGCUGAACGACUGGGUAAAGUCCGUCGCGUACCUCGGCUCCUUCUGUGUAGCGUCGAUCUUCAUCAUGGGCGUGUUUGCGGCGCUCUACGGCGAAGUCACUGGUCGCCUGGGCGGCAACUCGCUGGUGAUGGAGUUCCGGAUCGGAAUCUUCUCCGCCUUCUUCUCGUUCAUCGUGGGCGUCGCCUGGAUCGGCCUGCAGGCAUCAGGCCAGAUGGACGCAGUACUCGGAGAAUAA